GCAAAACGGCAUUGCCGGUUUCAGCCUAAUGGCGUUGACGAUUUGCAGCUUACUUUUGCCGCCUCCCACAACGGCAUAUUACCGUUUUACUUUUCACAUUUUUAUGCUCUUAUGUAUUUUUCAAAUCUCACCCUUCACGACUUAAUUUUGUUCCUACUACUCGUAUAUAUAAUGUAUCCACUCAAAAGAUGCGAGUGAAAAUGGGAGCUAAGUUCGUAGAAACCUCCUCUGUUGACUACCCUCUCAUAAGCGUUGACCUGUUGGUAGCACAAAAGAGAAACCAAUCAUUAUGGUUAGUCUUUACAUGCUUUUUUGUUGUUGUGCUUGUUUGUGAGUGGUUCUUGCGUUCUGUGCCGGUAAAUUAUGGCGGCAGCACUGCUGGGAGGAGCUGCCAUUGGAGCUGCCUUCGGAGAAUUGCUGAAGGCGGUUCUUGAAGUUAAGGACAAGGCCAGCAAUUUCAAGAAUACCUUGGCGUACCUCAGAACGAUUCUGGUGAAGAUAGAUCCUUUGAUCAAGGAAAUGGAGCAACAGAACGAUGAAUUAGGCCGGCCGAAGGAAGAGCUGGAUUCGCUGAUUGAAGAGAUGGAAGAGGGGACAAAGCUUGUUUACAGGUGUUCCAAGAUCCACAGGUUGAAUUUCCUUGCCAGGAUACAGUACCAAGAUGAACUUGCCAAAUUGGUGGUGUCUCUAGAACGUUUCUUUAGGUUCGAUGUGCCGGCUCAGACUUCAAGAGAUACCAAAGAGACCUUGCUCAAAGUCACAAGGAUACUUAGUGCUGUUAGGAAGCUGCCCUUAGCUAGAACUGAAAGCGCAACUGGUUCGGCUUCUGACUUGGAUUCUAUGCCUCUGGAAUCAGAUGUAUGUGACACUCUACCACUGCAGCUUAAUGAUGAAAAGGAGAGGGAAGCUGAUUCUACCGAGGAAGCCGCUGAAUUAGAGCGCCUUGCUAAGCCGGUGUUGGAAGAUAUUGCCAGCCUUGUGCAGAAGGGUAGCCAAGGACCAAUUUAUAUGCAGGCAGAGGCAGAAAUACAUAAAGGGCGUCAAGACUUGCAAAACAAGCAUGAAGCAAGUGGGAGACUGAGACGCAGCAUUGAGUUUUUUGGCAGUAGAAUGGGAUUUACAGUUAGUGAUUCUAUUUUAUUCCAUGAAAAUAAUUCGAUUGCUGAAGAUAUCUCUAAACUAGAAGAUGCGUUUAAGCAGUUAUUGUCAUUUUUCAGCAAGCCUGUGGAACCUAAGCACCUCUUUGAUUGCCUUACAAGCUCUAUGCGACCCUCGUCAGGAUCUCCCGACCAUGAGGGUGAUCCUAGUGGAAAGAAACCUUCCUCUUCUCAUCAUUCUGAGUCCCACGAAAAUAACAACAGUGCUGAUCCUGUUUUAUGUACUCUUCUCAAUCUUAUACCAUCAAGAAUUGUGUCACCUCUACAUUACUUAGCUCAGCAACUGGUUGAAGCUGGUCAACAACAACAGCUACUCAGAAUCUACAGAGAUGCCCGUUCUAAUUGGUUGGAAGAAAGCAUCCAAAUAUUUGGGGUUGAGAAACUCAACAAUGAUGAUGCUCAAAAGUUGCAGGUGGAGAUAUUAGAAGCCAAAAUUGGAAGCUGGAUUCAUAUAAUGCCUAUAGCCUUCAAGCUGUUUGCUGGAGAGCGGAAUGUUUGUAAUCUGAUAUUUGAAGGCUUUGAUUCACUCGCUGAACAGUGUUUCUCCGAGGUGACUACAAACAAUAUCUCCAUGCUACUUAGUAUUGGUGAAGCAAAUGCCAAAAUCAUUAAAUCCCCGCAAAACUUCCAUUUACUUUUAGACAUGUGUGAAACAAUGUUACAGCUUCAUUUAGAGAUUGAAACACUUUUUAGAGGCAAAGCUUGCACUGAAAUAAGAGAAGCAGUAUUUCGUUUUACAAAACAACUUGCACAAAUGGCCAACGAGGUCUUUGAAGAUCUCGAAGAAGUAGUUGAAAAGGAUGCUAUAGAGACCGCAGUAACAGAUGGAGUGCAUCCUUUAACAAGCUAUAUGAUUAAUUUUGUGAGGGUUUUAUAUGACUACCAGUCCACCUUGAAGCAAUUGUUCCAAGAAUUUGAAGGUGGAGACUAUUCUUUGCAGCAGGCAUCUGUAACUAGGCGAAUAAUGAAGGCUUUGGAAUCCAAAUUAGAUUUGAAAUCAAAGCAGUAUAGAGACCCUGCAUUUAAGCAUAUUUUUCUCAUGAACAAUAUUUAUUAUAUUGUUAAAUUUGUUCAGAGCUCUGAAGCCAAGGAUAUAUUAGGGGAUGAUUGGGUACGACUACAUAGUGGAAUUGUGCAGCACCAUGCAAAUCAAUACAUAAGAAAUGCUUGGGCAAAGACUCUGCAAUGCGUAUCUGAUAAGGGCAUAUAUGUUGGCAUGAACAAUGGUGUUAGCAGAGCAGUUCUUAAAGACAGGUUGAAGACAUUCAAUGAUAUGUUUGAGGAACUCCAUCGGAAGCAAUCUCAAUGGAAAGUUCCUGACGCGGAAUUGCAAGAGUCUCUACAGCUUGCAGUUGCUAUGAUCGUGUUGCCUGGCUAUAGAACCUUUUUGGGACGUUUUCGGUCUUUUUUGAAGGUUAAGCACAUCAAAUACACACCAGAAGAUCUAGAACAAAUGUUGGGUGACUUUUUCGAAGGAAAAUUCAUGAGCCAAGCGAAACGAUAAAUAAGUAGCUGAUGAUUAAUUUGGGAUGGUAGGCAGAGGCAAAUGAGUGGCUUUGGUAUCUGAUUGCAUCUUCUAGUUUCAUGGAGGAGGAUUGGUGCAAAUGUGUUAAGAGAUUUUGGUGUUACAACAUAUCCAAAGUCCCACGUCGGAUAGUAUAUGAUACUUGAAGUUGAAUCUAAAGAGAGGAGUUGUUUCCCACUAAUAGGACUUUAUUAAGCCUAGCUUGUUGUGAUGCCAAUGCAUGGAAAUUGAGAUUUGUUCCCUCACAUCCCAUCAGGUUUGAAAUGGUAGUUGGUUGCUUUAGUUCUGCUCCUGUUGUUGUUUCCAUUUUCAAAGGUGGCAUGAUGCAGCAAUAAAAAUUUAAGGUGUUUGCUACGGUACAA